GCAUAUAGCGCGUUUCUAAAAAGUGCUCCCACCACACCGUGUACUCAGUGCGCAAUAACGUUCCGUGAAUCCAGGCCUGGUCUCUACCGAGGAGCCCGAAUAUCUAUUGCGUCGUCCAAUAUCAAAUACGACAUCAACCGACACUCAAUUCGCGUUUUAUCUACGAUUUUACGAACCGGUACUCAAACGAACUGUCAAAGUGCAUGAUAAAAGCAAAAAUUAUUCGGGUAAAAAUUUUGUGUUAUAGUUUUCCUCAACAUUUUUUUAGUGAAAACAUCAACAACAGUUAAAGGAACAUCAUAUUAACGUAGUGUUUAUUUUAGAACAACAUAAACAAUACAGAAGUGAUCAUGAUUUAGUGACCGACAAAUUUAUAGGUUAGGAUACAAAAAAAAAAUAAUUGACAAUCGGAAAAAAAAGAAAUUCGAAAAAAUAAUUGACAAUCGGAAAAAAAACAAAUUCGAAACAAUGUUAAGUUUAAAAAAAGUGUACAGAGACGAAUUACUUCAACUCGCCUUAAUAUUAAGCAUACUUCGAGUUAACCCGGACUCAUAUUUUGAAAAUGAACUAUUUAAUGCUACUGAUCUUGACUUGGAUAAUGGGACAAGUUGGAGAUCCUUGGGCACCUCUGUUCUUAGGGCCCACUAUGUUCAUCCAAAAAACCUUGAUUCUGUACUUAUGAACUAUGAACGAGAAGUAUUUGCAGAGCUAAACUCUUUGGGAAGAUACAAUCGAGUAAAUACACAUUCUGAUAUUACCGCCUAUUUGCUCAAUGUUAACCGGACAACGAUUCCAAAUCUUAAUCAAGAGGCACCACCUGAUAUUACUACAUCUCAUUCUAAUCAAAAUGAACCUAACAAUAUCAAUGUUAAUCAAGAAGAACCAGAACAAUUAGAUUUAGGAUUAGAAUUAACACAAGAGGACAUGGACUUGAUCGAAGUGCUAUGGAAACAGGAUGUGGAUCUGGGGUAUGCCCCGGAGAUGCCAUCAUCCCCAUCUGAAAAACUCAAAACUGACGACCAAAACAACGAACCUUCGGCUUCCUCCGCCAGCAAAGUUGACGAUGACGACAUCGAGAAGCUUAAAGCUCUCAAGGCUAUCAACGAGGAGAACUCGAAAAGUGAAGAGUCAUCUAAGGAAGAUUCCGAUCCUUGGGCUGGGUUGAAGUAUACUAUUGAUACAGAAACAGGGGAGUAUGUGAUUGGCGGCGACUUAGAGAACAGCCUCUCUGCCGCUGAUUGCGACCCGCCGUGCGAUCUACCCCUUGGUGACCUCCCGUUGCCUGAAUUCCUGCUGGACGAAGCUCUCCAACUGGUUGGAUUAGACGACGAUUCCAUACAGGAAGGCGUCGACCCCAAGGAGGUCGAAAACAUCAAUCUUACCGGAGAUCCUGCAGACGAAGACUUGGGACUUUCUGCCGCCGCCGGAUUAGAUUCGGCCGCUUCUACUAGCAAAGACCUUGAAUCCGAAGAGGAUAUACUUUCAGAGAUGAUUCAAACAUCGCAAUUUCAUCAUCCCCAUCAUAGGGCUUUUCAGAGCCGGAUGCCAUUCGGGCGUACCAUAAGCAUGGAACAGCGAUGGCAAGAUCUUGCAAAUUUGCUCAGUCUCCCAAACGCCACCGACGCCUCCUCGAUGCCGCACCCUUUCAGUCAUCAUCAUGCUUUACAUAAUUACAGCCACCCUCAUGCUCACGGCAUGAGUUACGGCCCUGAUGCCAGGGGUGUACUCCUUCACAACGCUACGCUUACUCCGCCAAUGGGAGACUUGAACGCAACUGUCCCCUACAGCAAUCUGGGUGGUACAAAUAUUGGUAAUGCUGUAGCUACAUCUAUGAACCUCACCAAUAGCAGUGAACCAAUGAACGAACCAUCAGCAUCAGCACAUUACAAACUCGAACCAUCUCAUGAUAUGAUGUAUUAUCAGAAUACUACAUCGGAGAUGAAUCAAACUGAUGGGUUCCUUUCUUCUAUUCUUAACGACGAAGAUCUCCAGUUAAUGGACAUGGCUAUGAAUGAAGGAAUGUACACUAUGCGCAUGUUGGACGGCGGCAACAAUGCCGUUAACAACAUUAGUAUGGCAUCAGCUACCAACGGCACUAUGUCGCGAGCCGAUGUAGAACGUAUGGAUACCUCCAGCGAUAGCGCCGUCAGUUCCAUGGGUUCCGAACGUGUACCGUCCCUUUCCGAUGGAGAAUGGUGUGAUGCCGGCUCCGAUUCCGGGCAUACAGCCGGCGAUCACUAUGUCACCGACUAUCAUGGAAGUAAAUUUCGGCCCUACGACUAUAGUUACUCCAGCAGGCAACACUCUGGAGCUAUGAGCAGCUCAGACGCUGCUCGCCUCCCUCCGGUUGCUCAAAAGAAGCACCAAAUGUUCGGUAAACGCUGUUUCCAAGAACAAGCCAGCACCGUAACCCAUUCAACCCCAACUCCCAUCAAAUACGAAUACAGAGAACCCACAGCAACAUCAUUCAGCACGCCAAACCAAGCUGAAGGUGCUGUUGGAAACAAAAUGCCCGAAAUGAAAUAUUCGUGCUCCAUGGAAUUUGGAAGACACAAUUUGGGCAGGUCCCCAAUCGAUCACAUCCAACACAACCACACCUACCAUCUUCCAGUUGAAAGCACGGGUGCCAUGCAAAGGCCUGUUUCUAGAGAUAAAGGAAAACCACGCAAAAGCGAUAACGAACAUCUUACAAGAGACGAAAAGAGAGCUCGUGCAUUGAACGUCCCUAUCUCUGUUGACGAUAUCAUUAAUUUACCAAUGGACGAAUUCAACGAACGCCUAUCCAAAUAUGAUUUAAGCGAACCACAAUUAAGUUUGAUCAGAGAUAUUAGACGCAGAGGGAAAAAUAAAGUGGCAGCACAAAAUUGUAGAAAACGAAAAUUGGACCAAAUUUUGACGUUAGCCGAUGAAGUGCGGGCGAUGAGAGAUCGGAAAAUAAGGCUACUUGGAGAAUAUGAAUAUAUCACGGCCGAAAACAAACGUGUGCGUGAUAAAUAUCAACAGCUUUAUAGGCAUGUUUUUCAAAAUUUAAGAGAUCCAGAUGGCAACCAAUAUUCACCAUACCAUUUCAGUUUACAAACAGCAGCUGAUGGUUCAAUUUUAGUGGUGCCUAAAGCAAAUUCAACGAUGGGUAGUUCCGAACGUAAAGAUCCGCCACCGCCGGCUCAUAAAGAAUAACGUUUCUUUACACUUUGUUGAAUACGUGUUGUUAUCUGAACCAAAAGUAUAGUUAAGAGUUUUUCUUUUGUUUUUAAUAUUAUUCUAAGGUUAAUUUUACGUCUAUUACAUUUUCUAUGUCUAAUUUUACGCGUAGAACCGUAGAAUUAGUUACGAACGCAAACUGCCCGUGCAGGUGCGGAAGAUUUUAUUUUUCCAUUUAAUACAAUAACCAGAAUUUAAAUAUAUUUUUAUACAGAUUAAAAAAAGAAAUGAAAAAGAACGAAUUCAGGUGAUCACUUUGCCUUUUAUGUAACUUGUAAAUAGUGUAGGUAGGGAUGUGACUGUGUAAGUAUGAGUGAUGUUUUGUAAACGUAAAUGCGCAAAUAAGAAGCCGUCUUUUUUUGGUGGUAGCAGUGGGUUUUUUUUGUAACGUUUAGCUAUUUUCGCCAGUUAGUUUUUUACUCUGUAGUUAGCCCUCCGUAAACGCGGAGUAAAAUUGUGAUUUUAAUUGCUUAAUUUUAAAUGAUUAGCAGUGACCGUACUUUUCAUGAUCAAAGUGAAAACGAAUUAGGCUAAUAUUUUUUUAUGGACUAAAAAUUGAGCAACGUAGUGUUUUGUACAUUGAUAGGUUUAGUGUAUGAAGUUCGAUAAAAUCGAAACAUUAGGAUUACUUUUACUGACAUCCUAUAACAAAAGGUACUAUCUACAAAUUUAAACUUCAUUAAAAAUUUUCUAUAAACUCUUUUAAAAACUAUAUAUAAUAUAUAAAUAGAUGGGACCGUUUGUUUAUGGAGAACAGUUUACGUUUAAGCAUAAGCAGUUAUAUGUAAAAGUGGAGUUGUUGGGUAACUAACUAUCUUAUGGUCAUUUUAUAUGCAGCCUCAUCUGGUUAUCGGUGCCAAUUUAGAUCUCUGUAACGUAUAUUCCGUUCGCAAAAUAUAUUUCUUUAAUCUUCGCCCGCUUUUUCUUUAAUCACCUAAAUGGUGCUUCGCAUUCAAUAUUACAUACACUAUUUUUCCACUUCCGUUUGACGCUAUUAAUAUAACUGCCAUGUACUAUCACUUUUAAAUUUUCAUUCACUCUUUAAAAAAGAUAUAUAAGUAGCGCACUUCACUAAAAGAUUUUCUAUUAGUUGUAGGUUCUUAUUUUGGUAUCCAAAAUUAUAUUUUUACUUUUAUCACCGUAUGAUACUAUCUAAUAGAUAUCUGCCAUAUGUAUGUUUAUCAAUAAAUCUAUUAAAAAACCAAA